AUGUGCAAUCGAUAUACUGCUAAAGGAGGAUGUAAGGGCACAUUUUUGUCCAUGAUAUUAGUAGUUGGAUCAAUCCAUGGUUACAUUCCUUUCAAGUUCUUCCAAAGGUUUUUUUGGCUCAGAUUGAUGCAAAAUGUUAUCAACAAUGUCGGGCUGAUCGAGUUAAACGGUCGCCAAAUGAACAUCAACCAGGAAUCAGACCUGUUUGGAGCUUACUCUAAAGUGCAGUUGUAUCAGACAGGGUGGAGGAUUGAUCUGGGCCCAAUUUCUACAACAGCAAUGAAGAUGGAGUUGAAGAAAACCCUGAGAACCAUCCAGCGCAGCUGGUGGUGA